ACUCCGUUCUGUUCGCUCGUCCCGUACGUUUCGCAGCGGCGGACACUCCGAAAACCUGAACUCAACGCUCGAGACCCGAAGACGAAAACUCGAACUCGCCCGAGAUAACAGCAGACAGCAGAUCCAGUGCAAAAUUGGCCUAACUGAAUCUUAGUUGAAGAAGUUUGAAGUUUUUUUUUUUUUUUGGUGAAAUCGAAAGCCCAAAAACUGUGUUUUGGUGUGGAUUACCAGUGGAAAAGUGAGUGCUGAAAAUGUAUUAAAGCCGGCUAAAGGAAUAAAAACAAGGCCCAAACUAAGCCAUAUGUGCUAGAAUUUUCCCUCAACGAUUAUGGAUUAGUGCCUGUGGUUGUACAGUAUCUGUCGAAAACAAUAUAUAGGACUAAGGAUCCCAGUACGAAAAAGAUCUCCAGGCUCCACGACAAGCAAAAAGCGAGAAAGUGACACUCGAGACUUCUGCUGUGGUCCCAUCGAGAAGGUGUUAAAGCACCAUGAUGCACCAACUACAGCUGCUCCUGCUGGCCGCAGUCGUCGGGGUGGCCAGGAGCUCGCCCUCGCCCUACACGAGCUACCAGAACCAGCGGUUCGCCAUGGAGCCGCAGGACCAGACGGCGGUGGUGGGGGCCAGGGUGACACUGCCCUGCCGCGUGGUGAACAAGCAGGGAACGCUCCAGUGGACCAAGGACGACUUCGGACUGGGCACCUCCCGCGACCUGAGCGGCUUCGAGCGGUACGCGAUGGUGGGCAGCGACGAGGAGGGCGACUACUCGCUGGACAUCUACCCCGUGAUGCUCGACGACGACGCGCGCUACCAGUGCCAAGUGAGCCCGGGCCCCGAGGCCCAGCCGGCCAUCCGGUCCUCCUUCGCCGCCCUCACGGUGCUCGUGCCGCCCGAGGCGCCCAAGAUCACGCAGGGCGAGGCCAUCUUCGCCACCGAGGACCGCAAGGUCGAGAUCGAGUGCGUCUCCGUUGGCGGCAAGCCGGCUGCCGAGAUAACCUGGAUUGAUGGCCUCGGGAACGUGCUCACGGACAACAUCGAGUACACGGUCAUCCCGCUGCCCGAUCUGCGGCGCUUUACGGCCAAGUCCGUCCUGCGGCUGACCCCCAAAAAGGAGCACCACAACACGAACUUCACCUGCCAGGCGCAGAAUACGGCGGACCGCACCUAUCGCUCGGCGAAAAUACGUGUCGAGGUGAAGUACGCGCCCAAGGUGAAGGUGAACGUGAUCGGCACCCUGCCCGGCGGUGCAGCUGCACUGGCCGGUGGUGCAGGAGGGGCCCAUUCGGCGGGCUCCCGGAUUGUGGAGCACUCGCUGGUGCGAUUGGAGUGCCGCGCAGACGCGAAUCCCAGCGACGUGCGCUACCGCUGGUUCAUAAACGACGAGCCGAUCAUCGGCGGCCAGAAGACCGAGAUGGUGAUCCGCAAUGUGACGCGCAAGUUCCACGACGCGAUUGUCAAGUGCGAGGUCCAGAAUUCCGUUGGCAAGAGCGAGGACAGCGAGACCCUCGAUAUAAGCUAUGCCCCCAGCUUCCGGCAGCGGCCCCAGUCGACGGAGGCGGACGUGGGCAGCGUGGUGUCCCUGAACUGCGAGGUGGACAGCAACCCGCCGGCGGAGAUCGUGUGGAUCCAGCACCCCAGCGACCGCGUGGUGGGCACCAGCACGAACCUCACCUUCAGCGUGAGCAACGAGACGGCGGGCCGGUACUACUGCAAGGCCAGCGUGCCCGGCUACGCGGAGAUCUCGGCGGACGCCUUCGUCUACCUGAAGGGCUCGCCGGCCAUCGGCUCGCAGAGGACCCAGUUCGGCCUGGUGGGCGACACGGCCCGCAUCGAGUGCUUCGCCAGCAGCGUGCCGCGGGCCCGCCACGUCUCGUGGACCUUCAACGGGCAGGAGAUCAGCGCGGAGUCCGGCCACGACUACUCCAUCUUGGUGGACGCGGUGCCCGGCGGCGUCAAGAGCACGCUCAUCAUCCGGGACAGCCAGGCCUACCACUACGGCAAGUACAACUGCACGGUGGUCAACGACUACGGCAACGACGUCGCCGAGAUCCAGCUGCAGGCCAAGAAGAGCGUCUCCCUGCUGAUGACCAUCGUGGGCGGCAUCUCGGUGGUGGCCUUCCUGCUGGUGCUGACCAUCCUGGUCGUGGUGUACAUCAAGUGCAAGAAGCGCACCAAGCUGCCGCCGGCGGACGUGAUCAGCGAGCACCAGAUCACCAAGAACGGCGGGGUGAGCUGCAAGCUGGAGCCCGGCGACCGCACCUCCAACUACAGCGACCUCAAGGUGGACAUCUCGGGCGGCUACGUGCCCUACGGCGACUACAGCACGCACUACAGUCCGCCCCCGCAAUACCUGACCACCUGCUCGACCAAGUCGAACGGCAGCUCGACCAUCCUGCAGAACAACCACCAGAACCAGCUGCAGCUGCAGCAGCAGCAGCACCAGCAGCAGCAGCACCACCACCACCACCAGCAGCACCACCACCAGGCCGGCCAGUCCAACGCGCAGAGCCUGCCGAUGACCUUCCUGAGCAACAGCAGCGGGGGCAGCCUGACCGGCAGCAUCAUCGGCUCCAGGGAGAUCCGGCAGGAGAACGGCCUGCCCAGCCUGCAGUCGACCACCGCCUCGGUGGUGAGCUCCUCGCCCAACGGCAGCUGCAGCAACCAGAGCACCGCCGCCGCCGCCUCUGCCUCCGUCUCCGCUGCCACCACCACCGCCGGCAGCCACCACGUGGUGGUGCCCAGCUCGAUGGCCCUGAGCGUGGACCCGCGCUACAGCGCCAUCUACGGCAACCCCUACCUGCGCUCCUCCAACUCCUCGCUGCUGCCGCCGCCCACCGCAGUGUAGGCCACCAACCACCAACCACCAGCCACCAACCACCAGCCAGCAGCCACCAAGGAGCCACCAAGCCACGCCAAGACUGAUCUCAAGAGGAACGCUGUAGGGGGCGUCCCUGUUGGCGGUGCGUUUUUUCAGCUACCAAAAAUUCGAAUUGCUUAGGCUUAAGCACUCUAGGUACUCACACAUCUGAUCACGUAGACCUUAGUCCUAGCGUUAAUACUUCUUCAGUCCUUAGAACUAGGGUUAAUUCUUUCGGUUUUUGUCCUUAGUAUAGAAUACGUACAGUAGACUAUUUCGCAGUUCGACUAGAAAGAGACUAAGCUUCAAAGAUUGAGUGUUAGGCAUUUGCAGAACAGAUUAGAGAGUGUACCGCUUGCUAGGAAAACGCCUUAAUUUAGUGGUUAACUGGUUAACUGAUUAACUGGUUAAAUGAUUAACUGAUUAACUGAUUAACUGAUUGCUAGUUUAACAGUUUUGCGAGGGAACAACGAAGUGCGAACAUGUUUUCAGCUCUCUUUUUAUUUUUCUCUGUAUCUACACUAUUUCUUUUUUGUCUUAUCCAACCAAGAACCCCAUUUAACCCUGUCUACUCUUUCUUUUCUUACCUAACUUAUUUAUUUUAAUGUUCUAUUCAUUUAUUGGUAACUCGAAAGCCUUUCAUAAUUAUCGCUGAAAAACUGGCAAGAGUAGAAGAUGGAAAGAGAGAGUUCUUUUAUUUAUACACAACGUAGUAUAUGCUAAAUGUUAAUGAAUCGAUAUACAAGCAUAAAGACAUUCAGUUGAAUGGUAGCGAGUAAGCCAACGAAAUGCCAAAGUACCUGAUAGUAUUUAAGUCGGGGUGGAACCGCUUUCGGAUCGGAACCACCCCCAUAAACUUCUUCUGCAUCGUGUAGCACUACCUUUUACAUAACUAAUGAAUAUAGAAGCUAGAUCUUGACAGUCGCCUUAACUUAUGACACGCCCAUGCAUCUCGAACGCCUAUAAAAAACAAAAAAAAAUAAGAAAAACAAAAAAAAAUGGAAGAGCGGAGCGUAAACGUAUUCAAUUCGUCAGUUCAAUUGUGCUAAGUGUACUUCUAAGUGUAUAAUGGUCUUAUAUCCUAGUUAUAGUCUAACUAAAGAUACACACGCAUAUUUAAAGAGUAGACCUAGCUCUAGAUAUAUACAUAUAUAUAUACAAACAUGCAUUUUUUUUCAUAGCCCUAAGCAUUAUAUUUUGAUAAGUGAGCGUAUUUCAUGUAAGGACUCCCAGAAAAGUAACAUUACUCCUUCUUUUGCUAAAUUUACUAGCUGCGGGCAUUUAUCAGUUCGCCAAUUAAGCGCGGAGCCAACAAAUGUUUCUGUUUACGAAACGCGAAUGAUAAAGGCAAAUAAGCAGCAUUGAAACACACACAAAGUUAAACACGAUAAAAACAGAAUAAAAAUGUAUUGAAAAAAGAAA